AUGCCGCGGCGUACCACCCGCCCAGAGACUUUAUACGAUAGUCAGGACCCGUUUCAUUACCCCCCGAAGAUGAUCGAGGAUGACCCGGAAGAGCCUCCAGCUGGAGCGGGUGGUCGUCCAAGGUAUCGCUGGACAGCAUACACGACUCUUUUGCUCAUCAUCCUUGUGAUACACACCGAUAUCACGUUCAAUGACAUACCUCAUGCGUUGAGGGACGAAAACGGUGAUGGUCUGGGCAAGUCCACCUGUCGAGAGUACUGGCAUAACAUCUUCGGGUACAAGCCGAAAGUAGCACGGCUGCAAGACCCCGAAGGACGCAGGGCUCGACGCCAGCAGCAAUUGCAAGCAUGUCCACAAAGUCGGCGAUUGAGCACAGAGUCCCGCAAUGGCGUACGUGAAACCUGGGAAAGAAUUGAGGCUGAGGCGGGCUACCCACACGGCUUUAUAGCAUGGCUCAGAGACAUGCCGACAACAUUUCUGCGGACUUCUGGCCAGCUCAACGACGCUGGGCGCGACAACGAGUGUACUUCACCGGAUUUCCACGAUGCCGAAAGCAUUUGCGGAGUACUGGCUCAUUGCGAUUUCACCCAGGAUCACGUUGCCGUUGCCGACCAAAUCGAAACGCUGCUCCAACGAGGCGCGAACAUCAACGAGCGUGGCCAGCUUGGCGAGACUCCUCUUCAUCAUGCUGUGAGAUUUGGCAACAUUUCCGCAGUCACCAUGCUACUCGAAUAUGGCGCCGACACUUCAGCUGUCACCACCACCGGAGAAAGUAUCUGGGACUUCGGGAAUCGUGCUUGCCAGGAGCUCUUGGCUCGUGCGAGCCAGCUGGAUGAGCACGCACUGCUGCGCUGUGCUCAGUGUUGGGUUCGGAUUGCUUUUGCGAGGACUACUGUUCGCUUCAAUCCUACUCGUGUCUACGAGGACAAGUCGACUUUCGUGGAACGCCGACCGCACCAAGUGGUGCCGUACUUGGAGCAGACAGCCCAAGGGGCCGACCUACUGCAGCCCCGUAUAGUGCCUUCGCAGAUCGUUGUACAGACAAUAGCGCAUGGCGAGCCCUGCUGGGAGGCCAACGCAGUAUCCGCAGUGUGUACAGCCUUUUUGGACGACAUUAUGGAGCAUCACAGGCAGUAG